GUUCCUAAGAUUGACAGUCGCUCGCCGCUUUUAAGUCAAAACUGAGCAAAGUUUGGACCAUCCAAGCUCAAAGUUUGAAAUCUCACCUCACUCGAACUUUCUGCACUACGCUAUAAGAACAAAAUAUGGACAGCGACCGACUUUUCCGCUUCCCAAAGCCAGCCUGGCUAAACAGCGGGAUGACUCGAAAAGCUGGAGUUUACCUAGCCGGCGCGUUGUUCUCGAUAGGCUUAUUCUUACUCAUAGAUUCCGCUGCCUACUCUAAAUCGGCAAAGAAUGGCUCCACGUAUCAUUUCAGCUUCGUUGACUGGAUCCCUGGCAUCUGUUCCGCGCUGGGUAUGCUUAUAAUAAACUCAAUAGAUAAGUCGCGCUUGUCUGCGGAUAGUUUCUCGUAUUCAGGCAAUGGAGUCGCGUGGAAAGCAAGGUUCGUGCUGUUUCUCGGGUUCGCACUCCUCGCAGGUGGUUUGGCAGGUUCAGUUACCGUAUGCGUGCUCAAAUAUGUGGUUCCGGGCGCAGUGUUCCCAACACUAUGGUUUGGAGUUGCUAAUGUGAUUUCGAAUGGUUUGGUCAUGCUCUCGUCAGCAGUUCUAUGGGUUGCCCAAAACAUCGAAGACGAGUACACUUAUAGUCUAGCGCUAUAGCGGAGUCUAAAAGAGUCUUGAGAUGGAAGUAUUUUGAAACCUGACGUCUACCAAAAUUUUGCACUUUGUGAGCUGCCUACUUUGCCGGUGCGGCGUCGUUGACAAUUUUUGUGAAUCGAAGGCAAUUUUUACCCGUUCAGGGUCAUAAACUCGUCAUGUUAAAUGCAAGCUAGUUACGAUUUAUAUCGAAAGUAUUCACUCAAUUCGCAAAGACUUUUCAAGCCCAAGAAGUUC